GGCAACAUGUGUACACCAAAAUGUGAACUGUUAAAUUUUUUAUUGCGUUACCUCUGAAAUAAUAAAGCUGAAAUAUUUACAGACGCAUUCAUUUUUACGAUUUUAUUGACAGAACUAAAAAUGUUUUUUUUUGAAAAACUUAUUAUAUUAAAGUUUAAAUUAAAUUUAAAAAACAUUUGAAACGGAAAUUACCUGUACUACAAAAUAACAAAGCAAGCAAAAGAAAGCAAAUAAAAUAUGAAAUGAAAUGAUGAGAUGAUCUUUCAUUCGACAACAAUGCCAAAUAAAUAGCAAAAAAAUUUCUUACUCACGCCUUUGUUCAUGAUAAUUCGGUAACUUUUUCAAAUAGAAUUUAAAACAUUGUUAAUUUUUCAAAUGAAUCAGAUUACAAAUACUACUAACAAAACGGAUUACUUGACCAUACCAGGAUAUUUUUUAAGACAGCUGUUGUAGCUGCAGAAAGUUGAUGGUUUGCUGAGUUUUGACCUGGACUGUCUGGCUUACAAGAAGGAGCACUUGCCAUUGAAAAACAGACCAGAACUUGGAAAAUCCUUAAAAGACAUCGUAGACUUGUCUAACAACAAGAAAGUUCUCAGCAUGAAAUUGGUCAUGAAGCGUGUGAAGGGGCGCGUGCAACAAUUCGGGACGGUGUUGAGCACCAACCGUUUUUGUGGGCUGAAUUUUUUCUAAAUCGUUUACGUGGUUUUUUUUAUAACAUUUUCAAGAAUGUUAACAUUAUAUGAAUUUGUUUUAUUAGUUUCAAGAUUAUACAACUUAUCAACGUAAAAUACAUUGGGAAGAUUUGUGGCUGUCUGGCCAAGGAUCUUUUCAGGACCUCAGAGCAUGGAACUCUGAAUUUUGAAUCGGCUGCAGUUUUGUUUUGUCUCACUUGUUCUAAAAUUAUCGGUACAUGGUUAUUUUGAAUGGUCGGCAAACAAUCGAGAAAGCAUUUGUUGGUAAGGCGUUGGCAUUUUCUAGUCGCCCUUCAUUCUACUUCACCUCUCUUUACAAUCCCGGCCAAAAAGGGUUUUCUGAACAUCCGUACAACGAAACGUUCAAAAAGUACCACAAAGUUUGCCUAAAUGUUUUCAAAAAGUUUGGAUUAGGACAGGAAAUGAUGGAAUCAAGAGUGAAAGCAGAGGUAGAACAUCUCGUUCAAAGAAUAAAACUCAGAAAGAGUCAACCGUUCUAUCCAUCUGUAGACGUUUCAGCUACUUUUUUCAACGUGAUUAGCAGCAUUCUGUUUGGCAAACGAUGGUCCAUCGAUGAUCCGGAGUUUCUCCACAUCAUUGAUAUAUCAAAUAUAAUCACGCGAACACUUACUCUAAACAUUUUUCCAGUUUUGAGAUUUGUUCCAUAUUUCAAAGGUCAACUGAAAGAGUUUGUCGAAGGCAUGAAAAUGUGGGACCAAUUUUUAGAGAGAAAAAUUCAUUCAAUUAUAAACGGCACAAACGGCGAAACGUUCAGUAGUAAAUUUGAAGAGGAGUUGAAACUUAUUUGUGAUGACUCGACUAUGAGCACAUUAGUUGACGAAGAGCAACACAGAUUAAUGAUACUUGACUUGGCAACGGCGGGCACAGAAACUUUGGCAAACACGGUUCUCUGGUUUUUGUAUUUCAUGGCCAAUCACCAAGACGUGCAAAAGCAAAUGAGAGAUGAACUGGACAGAGUGGUUGGUUUCAAAAGAUACCCAUCACUUGAAGAUAAACCAAAGUUACUCAUAACGGAAGCUUGUACUUUGGAGGUGAUGAGAAUUAAAACACUUGUACCAACGGGCGUUCCUCGAAUGACUUUGAGUGAUGUUGUCGUUGAUGGGGUGCUCAUUCCCAAAAAUGUCACAGUCCUGGCAAAUUUGUACAGCGCUCACAUGGAUCCUGAUGUUUGGGAUGAACCAGAAAAGUUUAAGAUUGAGAGAUUUCUGAAUGAGGACCGAACCGAAAUUGUUAACAAAGGUCAUGUUAUUCCUUUUUCUAUCGGCAAACGAUCCUGUCUUGGAGAACCACUGGCCCGCCAUGAAUUGUUUUUUGUGGUUUCCGCACUUAUUCAGCAGUUUCAAAUCCUGCCACCAGAAGGCCAGGACACGGUUGUUGCCAAUGAAAUUUACGGAGUAUCCAUAUCUCCCAGUGCUUUCAACAUCAGAUUUGUUGAGAGGACUCACGAUGAAUGAAAAGAUUGCUAAAUUUUUCUCAAAUAAUUUACAGACGACAAUCAACCAACUAGGAUGAAUAUUGCUUGAAACAUAACAUUUUCAUAAUUUUCGAAGCGAUUUGAAUUUUAAAUUAUUACUAUUAUUAGUGACUAGAAUGUUACAUAUUAGAGUAACUUGGUGUGUUGAACGCUAAAUUAAAUAUUUUUAUAAAAUAUAUGAUUGCCGGAAAAUAAAAAACACUAUAUUUUAUAGCUACAUUUGGCAUUCCAUUAACUUACAGUUACACUUCAUUAACUUAUUAAAACAAA